AUGCUAGGUUAGGUACAUUCAUGAGGUACAUGUAGGUAACCGCGACGGGGACAUGCAUUAGGUUACAUGUAUUUACCUCCAUGUAAAUUCCGAGAAUCAACUUCAUCCUGACCAAUACAAGCACGAAAUACGAACCGAGCCCAUAAUCACAUCCUACAAUAAUAGCGCCACACUUCGAGCUUCUCAAGUCUAGCCAGCUAACCCCUCAGCCGUUCAAGAACAAACAUAUUUCUUCAGUUUACGUCAUCACGUAACCUUUUCCAAUGCAUACAGAUCAGCCCAUCCACCACGGCUCCUUGGAGCACCUCUUACCGCCUAGCUGGAAGUCUCAGAUUACCGCCUGGCUAGCCGAGGACACGCCGUCGUAUGAUUAUGCCGGCUUCGUCGUCGGCGAGCAUCCUCGAAGUGCUACUCUCUGGGCCAAAAGUGCCGGUAUCGUUGCCGGCAUCCCCUUCUUCACUGAGGUCUUUAAGCAGUGUGGAUGUGAGGUAGAAUGGCAUGCCAAGGAAGGAGGCUAUAUCGACCGCCCUAAGGACGGCUCAGGCAAGACUAAAGUCGCCACUGUAACAGGCCCCGCGCGUGGUUUGCUACUAGGUGAGAGGGUCGGACUGAACUUGCUAGCACGAUGCUCCGGAAUCGCCACCGUCAGCCGCGAUAUGCUACUCACAUUGCGCAGCGCGGGAUACGAGGGUAUUUUAGCGGGCACGCGCAAGACGACGCCGGGAUUCCGGCUAGUUGAGAAGUACGGCAUGCUGGUCGGCGGGGCUGAUACACAUCGCAUGGACCUAAGCUCCAUGAUUAUGCUAAAGGACAACCACGUGUGGAGCCGCGGCAGUAUUACCGAUGCCGUGAAGGCUGCUAAAAUGGUUGGCGGAUUUGCGCUCAAAGUCGAAGUUGAAGUUCAAAACGAGGACGAGGCUAAUGAGGCUAUCGCUGCUGGCGCCGACGUCGUUAUGCUAGACAACUUUACGGGAGAUGGUGUCAAGAUUGCAGCUAGAAGUCUAAGGGAGAAGUGGAAGGGAAAACGCGAGUUCUUGAUAGAGGUUUCCGGUGGUUUGCGCGAGGACAACGUGUUUAACUAUGCGCAUAAUGAGGUCGAUAUUAUCUCCACGAGCGCCAUCCACCAAGGCACGCCGCAUGUAGACUUCUCUCUGAAGAUCAACCAGGACGAGAUUACUCGCAGCUCGUGAUUUUGGGUGGAAUUUCUAUCCCGACCUAUUAAAUGCCGUAGACGUAAGGUCAGUAUUACGAGCGUAUGCGGCAGGGGUUGCCUAUCUACAGUUAGUGCUCGAGAUGGUUUAGACUGGCCUUAUAUAAACAUCGAUUAUAUACUAUACUCUCUCACGCUGUGAAACCCCCUUGGCAAUUCAAUCUAGAUGAAGACACUCCUUGAUUGGGCUCACUUUACUCGGCCAGUCUCACAUCGGUACAUAUGCUAGUAGCCUUCUUUCAAUUUAUGU